AUGGAAGAUUUGGAGACUAACUUAAUCCAGACACGCAAAGCAUGUAGAAUAGAGCAAAUGGUAGCAAAAUGGCUUCAUCGCUCUCGGGAUGGUGCAUCCAGGGGCAGAGUGUCUGUGACAGAUAGCACCAGUGAAGGCAGUGGCCGGCCUGCCAGCCGUGUCAAACUUACUGUCACAGUAUACAAAGAUUUGGUCCUCCAUCACUACGGCUUUGAGAUUUGUCCAAACCUUCCUCUUACAAUUGCAUCUGUCACUGCAGGGAGCACCGCUGAAGGGAAGCUGCAGCCGGGCGACCAGCUCCUCCUGAUAAACUCUACUGCGGUGGAUGAUGUGUCUGUCGAACGAGCAGCUGACAUCAUCAGGGAGGCCGGUGAUGAGCUCCUCCUAACCGUCCUGCGCUGCACGUCGGGCGGGCCUAAGUCAUCGUUUCUCACUGCAGAGAAGAGGGCAAGGCUAAAAACAAACCCCGUGAAAGUACGGUUCGCAGAGGAAGUGCUGGUCAAUGGAAACACACAGGGGAAUUCUCUUCUUUGUAUGCCCAACGUUCUCAAGGUAUACUUGGAAAAUGGACAGACGAAGGCUUUCAGGUUUGAGAUGAGCACUACUGUGAAGGACAUUGUUCUCACCUUGAAGGAGAAGCUUUCCAUCCGGAACAUCGCGCACUUUGCUCUUGCUCUGGAGGAGCAGUACAACGUGGCAAAGAUCCACCUGCUCCAUGAGGAGGAGCUCAUUGAUCAGGUGGUCCAAAAAAGAGAAUCUCACGACUACAGGUGCCUCUUCAGAGUUUGCUUUGUCCCAAAGGAUCCCUUAGACCUCCUGCAGGAAGACCCAGUUGCCUUUGAAUAUCUCUACCUGCAGAGCUGCAGUGAUGUGCUUCAGGAGAGAUUUGCUGUGGAAAUGAAAUGCAGUGUGGCGUUACGUCUGGCUGCUCUGCACAUACAGGAGAGGAUCUAUGCUUGUGCUCAGCCACAGAAAGUAUCCUUGAAAUACAUUGAGAGGGACUGGGGAAUCGAAAACUUCAUCUCACCAACUUUGCUUCGAAACAUGAGAGGGAAGGAUAUAAAGAAAGCCAUCAGCUACCACAUGAAGCGGAACCAGGUGCUACUGGACCCUCGGCAGAAGCAUACGCUCACAGCAGUCCACGUGCGCCUGAGCUACCUGCAAAUACUGGGAGACCUGAAGAUGUACAAUGGGAAGAUCUUUAAUGCCACCCUGAUGCUACAGGACAGAGAAUCAUAUGUGGCCUUGCUGGUGGGUGCCAAGUACGGGGUGAGCCAGAUUAUCAAUAACAAGCUCAACAUCAUAACAAGUCUGGCAGAGUUUGCAAACAUCAGCAGGGUGGAGCUUACAGAGGAGUCUGAAAAAGUGAGCAUGGUGAAAAUCUACCUGCAGGAUCUGAAGCUGCUGACUCUGCUGCUGGAAUCGAACAGUGCAAAAGAUCUUGUCUGCCUCAUCAUUGGCUAUUACAGACUGUUCGUGGAUGCAAAUGUCUCCAUAUUUACCUGGGGAGAGAAAAAACAGCAACUGCACCGUGUCUCAGCUGAAGAAGGGUAUGAAUCUCGAACCUGCAGUGACUCUGAAGACUCCUGGGAGCUGGAUUCCUCCUCAGAGCAUUGCUUGGACACUCCAAUAGCAUACAGCAGCGCCCAUCCAGUGUGCAACGAGGAGGAGCUAGGAGAGCUCCACAGCCUGGAGAAGGACAGCACAAAGCCCCAAGCUGGAGGGAGUGACCAAUGUGAUGGGGGUGACAAUGCAACAGACAGCACAUCUGAGGGUUCAGAUUCAGCCAACACCGAGAGUCGAGGGUUUAAGACAAGUGGCUCCAGUGAAUCUAUGGAUGCACUGGAAGAAGAUGAGUUGGAAGCUUGCUCUUCCUCCAGGCCGGAGUUCUUCCACUUCUACACACCAACAGUGCAGGAGAUGAGCAGCUCAGACAAGAGCUUCUUCCCAAUUCAUGCUGCAGGAGGCUCCAGCAGGGCAGAAACCAGAGACUCCUUCUGUUUCUUGCAGGUACCACAUGCAGAGGAGCCUGAGAGUGAAGACAGCCCCUCUGAGCAGAGAGGGGAGGACAUUGGUGCAUCUGUGCUGGAGACCAAGCUGUCUGAGAGAAACACUAUGGGCUAUUACAGCCUGUGCUACAGCAUAUCCCCUGCAGGCAGCGUGGAGAGGAGCAACAUCAGUCGCAGCCCUCAAAGAAAUCCUUGGAAAGAUGGGUCUGACCAGGAAGAGGCACCACGUGGAGCAGAGCAGAGGGCAAAGGCAAGCGAUCUCAUUUUGGAGCCGCCCCCAGGCUUUGGUGACACCAGCUCUGAGGAGGAGUUCUAUGAUGCUGCAGACAGGCUCAGCCCUCCAGAUGCCGUGGCAGCAGCCUACAAUAUGACAUCCUGGGAGGGUACAGACAACUCCUCCUGCAUCCUAAAGAAACCAAAGUGUUACAGCUUGGGGGAAAACCUGAUGACAAGGCAGACAGCAAGGGAGAAACACAGAAAGGAGAAGGAGCUAACAUAUGCCAAGAGCCUGAGGAAGAGGAGAUCUUUCGUGAAAACCGAUUACACCUCACAGGUCACUUUUCCCUUGGCUUUGCCAGGCUCUCUGCAGAGCUGCUGCUCUUGGCCACUCCCACCACUACUCCUUGCUCAGCCCCCAGCUUCACGCUCCUCAGAGAACAUCAAGAAGGAUGCAGAGCUGGGACUUCCUGCUGCCAUCCAGGCCCAGAGAGAGACUCCUAGCACAAACCCAUCCUCUGACCUGAUGGAAAUGGAGCCUGACACCAUGGAAACAAAAUCAGUGACUGACUCGGUGGUUUCUUCGAUUUCAGUUGUUCGCCUGCAAGUUGACCAGCACAGGGAAGAGAGUGCAGGUGUUGCCAUACAUGUGGAUGGUGGCCUCCAACCCGCACAUGCUGUACAUCCACCUUCCCUGUCCCUGGAGGACACUGUGCCCCUUCCUGGGGGACAAAGCAGAGCUGCCCAGGAAAGUUCCUCCAUGAAGACAAAUACUGGGUGGCCGAAUGAGGAGAGCUGUGUGGCCACCAGAGGCUGGCUGGCCCAAGUGGCACUGGAGGAGGUGGGUGAGGCAAUGGCAGCCCAGCACAAAGCUGGCGAUGUACUCCCAUCCCUGGGCCAAGAGGUGACCUGCCCCACUAAUGAACACACACUGCUGCCAUCAGCUCAUGGCCCCAGUGUGGCCUCUGCCCAUGAGGUGGCCCAGGACCAGGAACUGCUCCCCACUGCUGGAAGGCAAGCAGCAUGUGAGGAGCCUGUCCUGGCUCCCUGUGAAGAAAGAAAAGCUAAUCAUGACAGCUGUGCUGAAAACAGCAGUGACAGUGCCUUGUCACAGGCAAAAAGCAGACAAGUGAUAAACAAGGAGGCCUUAUGGAAAGCGCACAAUAAAAAUCAUGUGGGUUUUCCAGAUGCAACCCAGCUCUUAACAGAUUGCAGCAGCACUUCUGGAGUUAUAACUCGCCUCUCCUGGCUCUCACUUGGGAUGAGGACAGACCUCAUAUCACCCAGCCCAUCUCAGGAAAGGGUAGAUAUCCCACUGGAGCUUUUGGCCUCUCAGAAGACCAGUGGGUGCCUGGGGGCUGAUGCCGUCAGAAGGGAGAUGCAAACAUCUCCAGCUGGACCACCCUUUGAGAAAGAGUUGGUAAGCAGCCAGGGGCUGGAUGAAGGAGAGCCCAGAAAAGAUGCAGGAAAUGUGGCUCACAAAGAGCCAGGGCCUGUUCAGACUCCUCUUCCCAGAGAACAGGCUACUGAGGUGGGGAAAGACUCUCUUCUGACUCCAUCUCUAGGGCUUUCCAUCUCCUCAGGCCCAAUUCCCCUGGGCUCACUGGGGAAAAGAGCAGGAGACCAUGGGGCUUCAAAACACUCCUUCCUCUGCUUUAAGCACAAGAAGGAUGAGCAGGCCCCUUCUGAGCCCAUCAUGACCAGGUCCUUGGGUUUUUCCACAAUGAAGAAGACGUCUCCACCACAGCUUGGAAUGGACAAGUGCAGCUGUCGGCUGUCCUAUAUCAGCUGCUUCCACAGGCCUGAUGACAAGGGGGAACGUGAAACCACUAUCCCCAUGUGCAGCAUUUUUCUGGGGCCCCUCACGACCCCACCAUCCAGCAGCCGCAGUCUUCCUGGGACCCCUGUGGGCAGUUACCCAGUCUCCAUUGCUAGGGAUGUGGCAUGGUGGGACCCUCAUGUCCAAGCCCUCAGCCAGCUGAAGGACCAAGCACGGAUGAGCCCUGCAGAUUUCUCCUGCUUCCUAGCCUACACCACAGAGCUUCAGGAGGUUGUGGGGAAGCUCUGCAGGAACCGGGCAACCCACCUGCAAGAUCAAUGUGCAGAGCAGGGUGCUGAGAGCAAGGGUGCCCUUGGCUUAGCCUCCCGGGACCUGCUGUCCAGUUGCCAGGAGCUCCUGAAAACAGAGCAGCCCCUCAAAGAGCUGCAGCGUGUGCUGAGGGUGACAUUCGACCACCUGGUUCAGCUGGCAGUGGCCUGCUUCCAGGUGACGCACUGCCAGUUGUGCAGGCAGAGGCAGCAAGAGCUCGGGGCUGCGCUCGUGGACGUGGUGGGCACCUACCACCAGCUUGUGCAGGCUGUUCACCAGCAGCUUUGUAGGCAAGACUGCCCGGAUCUGGGUGCCAAGCUCCUCGCCCGCCAACACACAGCUCUUACAGCUGCCAUGUUUUGUCUCCUGCAGCAGUUCAGGGUACCCCCAUUGUUGUGAUGGGGCUGUUUGGUGGUACACGGGUGCACUGGGUGGUGAAGAGCCCAGCCAUGUUCCCUCUGUCCACUACCA